AUUGGUGGUAUGGGUGGAGGUGGAGACAUUACAAGCUCAGGAGGUAUGUUUGGGGGUGGAGAAAGAAAUUAUGGGGGUACAGGUGGACCAGCGAGUACAGGGGGUAUUAUCGGCAUGCAAGGAAACCCUAUGUCAGGGUUAGGUGGUGGUGUCAGAAGACCUGACGGUAGUAAAACUAUGGGGCCAUCAGGGGGUGGAAAUCCAAACUUUGGAGGAACCAGUAUGGGAUAUAUGAAUGGGGGAACAGGACAAAGCAGAAAUGUGUAUGGUGGUGGUGAUGCUAACAGAUCAGAGACAUUCACAACACCACAGAAUUUCAUGGGACAAGGAGGAACAGGGCUACAAUAUGGAGAAUCACAAUUACCUCCAACAAUGGCAGGAGGAGGCAGUGGAGGGGCUGGAGGGGCUGGUAGAGAACCUAGCAGUCAAGACCCUGCUCAGCAGCUAAUAGGCUACGUCAGAACCACAGCUGAAAGUUGUACAGACCCAAUAGCACAUGGCAUGAACACCAUACUGAUCCUAGAUACCUCAAAGAGUAUGCAGGGUGAGGGUUUACAGCAAGCAAAGAUUGCCAUAGAGGACAUUCUUACAGGUAUUGAGGACAAUGUGAUGGACAACGGCUUGGAGGAAAAUCUGGCCCUAAUUGCAUUCGGGAAGGAGACUAGAGUGGUGCAGCAUCUCACCAAUGACUACAUGAAAUUCAGGGAUGCCUUAGAGACCCUCCAUCCUGAAGGACCGUCCUCCAUCACAGACAGUCUGGUGAUGACUCUAGGGAUGACUGACAGAGGUGGUCAUAUCAACCUGGGAGGCCAUGUUGCUAAAUCGCGUAUCAUCAUCCUGUCAGAUUCACAGUUUACACAAAAUGACCCCUCUGCUAUGUUCAAUGAUGUCAUUGACCCAAGACAUGCCGGUCAGAUUGCAAAUGAAGUGUCCCAGCUAGCACACCAGGUGAUCAAUGCAUCAGGGCUUGGCCUGUAUUUUAUCCCUGUGGGCAAUGUCAAUAAUAUUAUUAUGGAGUCUGUGAUCGGGGCAGCAGAUGGAGAGAUGUGUCCAGCUUCGGAAGCUAAGUUCCUGAGUAAGGGAUACCUACACCAUGUGAUUGCCGGUUUUAUCUUAUCCGAGUCACAAGGCAGUGUGCCAGACCGUUCCGUGGUGGCAGCCAUAGCGCGAGAGAAGUACCAUGGCGUAGAAGACAGGGAUAUUGACACUGUCAUGAAACUAAUUCUAGAAGACCGGAACCCACAGGGCCAGGGACUUGGUAGGAAUCAGACAUUGGGACAGAGAAUGGGACCAGAUCCUGGCCAGAUGUCCUCACAGCUACCUAGCCAGGGAUCUGGAGCUCCCCCUGGUAGCCUACCACCCGGCAUAUUCAAUGGAGAUCCUUCCUCUAGAGGGAAUCCAGCUCCUCUACCCUCUAACCAACCACAGUCCAAUAUUAAGUCCAAACAGGACAGUUCCUUUCUUGGCAUGGAGUUUUUUAGUCAGCACUUACCAACAAGUGAGGCCUCCGCAACAAAGACAGUUGAGAUAGCAGGUACUAAAUUCCCAGUUUUUGACCUGAGUGGCCCCCUCCCUCCUGGUUUGCCGAGUGCAUUGAUAGGCGGGGAAGGUGCGAAGAGAUAUGACGAUGAGGACACGGAGACCGCCAUUAAAGCCAGAAUAUUACAGACUAUGGAAGUUCCUCCAGAGCUAGAGGAAACUAGGAAACGGACAAGGACACUUACAGAGGAAAUCAUUGAGGAGAUGAAAAGAGAUCUGGCUGCUGGAAAAGACGCUCCAAAGCCGUGGGAUUCUCCAUGUCUUCAAGAAUUUUUGCUGAUCAGGAAAAAUGGAACCAAGAUUGAGCAGGAUAGUAACGGUAUUAUUAUAGGUGAUGACGAGGAGGCCGUAUUAAGAAGGGAGGAGAAAGCAAAGCAGAAAUUACUAUAUGAAAAAUUUGAGAAGGUUUGUGAGACUCACCCAGACCUCCAUCACCCUGAUGAUGAUGAUGACAUCGGAGACCUGACAGAGGAAAGAGUAAACGAGUUAUUAGACGAUUUUGGAGGAGGUCCUCCGAGUAUCAACAACCUUCCUAUCAUGCCGAGAAUCGGGCUGAGAGUUAAACCAGGGCCUGACUGGAUGUGGAGAUGUAAUGGUGUUGGUAUCUUUGAGGAAGGCACUGUCAUCGGUAUAGAUAAGGAGGAUGAAGGAUGGAUCCGUGUGAGGUGGGAUAAACAUGAUGGACUAGAGGAGGAUUAUCGAUGGGGACUGGACUAUGAGUUUGAUGUGGAACCGAUUGAGGGUGGGAUGUCUGCUGUCUGCUGGCCAGAGGGAAGAGAGAGAAUUAUCAAAACAACACAGGAUAUUGCAGAUGAGUUUGGACCCAAACAAGUGAAAGAAAGACUUCGAAGAUUGGCCAGGGCAAGAAGGGAAAAAGUAAGGGCUGAAGCAGCAGCUAGAUCUGCCUUGGAGCCGACAACAGAAAAACCCAAGUCUGACCCUGUUAUUAAGGAUGUGAACACCCUCAACCUUCAGAAUACUGUACUUAGCCAACAGGCAGGUCAGCGGGCAGGGCCAUCACAGGUAGGGCUACUACAGGCCAGGCUACUACAGGCAGGGCUACCACAGGCAGGGCUACCACAGGCGGGGCCACCACAGGCAGGGCUACCACAGGUGGGGCCACAGGACUCCCUACUUCCACCCCGCAUUCCUACGGUGACAUCCAUACCAAAUGUAUCAACAGCAUCAACGACAAUCACAACUAAUACCACAGCUGAAAAGGCUCCAAAAGACAAUGGCCAGACUCCACCAGCACCCAGUGCUGCAAAAUCAAGUGAAAGCUGUUUUGUAUGGCAGUACGUCAGUGAUCAAGGAGACUGGAAAAACUAUACGCCAGAGAUACAGAAACAACUGGAAGGGACCUACCUAAAACGUCGGGAGAAGGGGACAGUUAUCAUUGAGAUGGAUGGACAGUUUGAACGAGUUGUAUUCCAAAGCAUGGAACAAAGAAAUAAUCGCAAUAAAAAGAAAAUAAGAAAAGUUCGUAGAAUUGAGGCUGAUGCAGAGAGUCUUCGAGAACUUCAGGAAAUGUGGGCCAAAUAAUCUAAUUAUCAGGCAUCCAUGCUCAAGCAGUACUGAACGCAAUAUCAUAACCCAAUAUUGGAAUCUAACUAUUAUUUAUAUCUUCAAGUUUUAUUUUCAUGAUUUUUCUAUGUAAAUGUGAUAUCUUCUUGGGACAAGCAAGCACAUGAAAACUGGAAACAAUGAUGAUUGAUAAUUAACAGAUAAAAAACUAUCAGGUUGUUUGAAACCAGUUUGAAAUCUAAUAAGCAUUUUAGACAUAUAUAGUCGUUGGACUUUUUGAAGGCGGUUCAUCUUGAACUCAGAAAGAAAGUUUUUGGUGAAGUGAAAAAUAGCUUUUAAGAGCAGGGCAUCAAGUAGACCAUUGAAAGUAUGUUUUUAAUUUACUCUUUGGAUUGAAGGGAUAGGUCUUUUUGACAUAUAUAUAUAAUAAUAUUAUGUUUUGACCAUUCAGAUUUCUGAGAAAUCAUGAUUUGACAUCUGAUGUUGCUAAAAAUCAAGGGUCACGUGGAUGACCUGAGGAGACUUUACAUUAAAGCUACUGGACCACA